AUGCAAGACUGUGGUUCUGUUUUUCUGGUCCCAGAGUCUGUCAUCAGUCCAACUUCUAAGUGCUUCCUAGUCAAACUGAAUCACCCGAGAUCAGACGCACCAUGCCUGUUUUUAUGGAUAAGUCAGUCUUCUCAGCUUUUAGAAAUUCAGAGUACAAAUGAAAAGUGUCGCUCCUGGUUACUUGGUGGUGGCGUUAAGACUGAUGGUGUAAUGUACAUUUGUAGUCCAAUCGACCCACUUUUCUUCUUUGUAUCAAUCUGCAAACGACAGACUAAAUUUAUUUCAUGGGACUCCCUAUUAAGCGAGGCCGGUGACAGUUGUUCUGUUUUCAGCAGCAUUCACAACUUGGAGAGUCGGCUCGAAAACAUCUGUGACAAGAAAUGUGUUGGUGGCAUGUCCGUUUAUCGUUACAGUGAGUCUCGGACAUUGGAGUGGUUAUCAAAUAGGAUAUCUGCUGUCUCUGAUGCUUUAUUGAUUAGCAGAAAUCAUGUCCUAAAUUCUCAACUUCGGUUAGUCGUUUCCAGCUCUUCAUCUGAUCACAAUGGAGGAGGAAAUGAAGAUUCACGGGUUCCGGAAUUCACAUCUAGUUCUAAGGAGGCGCAACUACUGUCAACCAGUCAAAUACCACAGCAAGCAUGUUUAAAUUUGGCUUUUCAGUUGCAAACUUCGAGAAAAGAUCGGACUAAAACUUCAGAAGACAAUUCACAAGACACAAACCCUUGCUCAGCAGAUUCUGAGAAUGUGGAUCCUUUUGAUGAGUCGUUCGAGAAGUUGGAAAAUUCGGAUAAUUGUCAACCUAAAGAAGACUACUCAUCUGCUUUGAAGCUGAACGGACCAAAGAUGAAUGAGCCUGCAACAAAGAAGGCGAAAAUUCCAAAGGGUGUGCAGUCGAUCACGAGUUUCUUCACCAAAAAAUGA